ACCGCCACCUUCAUUGCCAUCAGCACCGGCGUAGUGGCGCCAUGGCAGGCUUGCAGCGAAGCUACUCCAAAGCGAAUCCUCACCGAACAGCGAACAGACUAACACGAUUGCAGACGACAGCGAACGCAAGUAGGCAACCACCGCUGCAAACUAGCGAAAAACGAUUUGCACAUCUAAGCGGCUGUCGAAUGGAGUAACGUAUGUAUGUAAGCACCUACAUAGUGGCUUUUAUGGCCAAAUGUGUUUGGUAGCAUCUUGCGUUGGCGCUAGCUGCUGCUCUGUUUAGUCGGAGUUCGUCAGAGAAAGUGUCUGCAACGGGUUCCAUCGCUUUAGUCACGUACGAACAAUUUCUUGUAUAUUAUAUUGUGCGCUUUAAUUGUAGAUAGUUUUCAAAUAUAACGGUUGCUGGCGCCAUAUUGUCGGGGCGAAUGUUUGGAGAAUAAAUAGUACAUUUCGGAAUAUAUUUAUGUAUAAUUAGUUUGUAGAGUGAAACGAAAUAACAUUUUGUAUGCCUCAAUCGAAAUAUUGAGCUGCAGAAAUACAGAAAAUAAAAACAAAACCUAAGAAAUAAAUAGCUGAGUUCUAUUUUUGAAGGUCAUCUUGUGACUUUACUAUCGAACGGAAGUAUACCUGCCAGCCAUUUCGUUAGUUAGCCGGAAGUAAGUGAAAUUUACGCGACCUUAAGUAAAAGCCAAAACUGUACGAAAUGGAAAGCAACUUAAAAAUUUGCUUCACCGGAAUUUGCUUCAUUUUGGUGGCGCUGCACUGUCAAGCCAAUCAACCAAGGCAACUGGAGUGCUGGCACUGCAGCUCUGAAACAAUUGGAGCGGAGGACUUUUGUGAUGUCACUUUCGAUGAGGAUAACAUUCCCAAACCGGAAGUGAUGAAGGAACACAAUAUCAGCGUUUUGCGAAAUUGCAGCAGCACCACACACUCGGAGCAUGAGCGACCCGUUUGUCGUAAAACUGUUGAAGAAAUCAAUGGCAAAACGAUUACGAAACGCUUCUGCUACUACACCAACAAAUCCGAUUCACUGGAGCAUUGCAUGGAGGAGCCAACCGAGAAUAAUGUUAAGCGAAUAUUCUGUCAGGAUUGUCUCGCCGAUCAGUGCAAUGGCAGUGGGCAACAGCUGGCCACGUGGCUAAGUCAACUGUUGCCACUGGCGUUGGCCAAAGCUGUGCGCUUUUAAAAAUUGCAGAAUGAA